CGGCGGCAACCUGCGGGCGGAAGAGUGGGGGUUCAGGCUCCCGGGACAGCGGCCAGCCUGGGGUUUGGAGCUUACCCGCACAAAAGAUGCCGAGUUCCUCUCCUAGUCCCCAGAGCAGCACCUGGACAGAGACAUUCUCUCUGCUCUUGCCCUGCGUUGCUCUCUACCUGGGCUACUACUGGGCAUGUGUGCUCCAGAGCCCUCGCCUGGUGGCUGGACCUCCAUUUCUGAGGUUCCUGAGGCAACACUGUCCCCUCACUGUGGAGACUUUCUACCCCACACUAUGGUGUUUCGAGGGACGGCUGCAAACCAUCUUUCGUGUCUUUCUGCAAUCUAAGCUGCAAAUCCCUUACCGGAGUGAAGUCCUCCGGACCCCAGAUGGAGGCCAGUUCCUGCUAGACUGGGCCGAGCAGCCCAACAAUGAUCACCGCCCUGACCCUGGCACUCAGCCCAUUGUGUUGCUGCUUCCUGGCAUUAGUGGCAGUAGCCAGACCACCUACAUCUUGCACUUGGUUGACCAAGCUUUGAGGGAUGGCUACAGGGCUGUUGUAUUUAAUAACCGAGGCUGCCGUGGGGAAGAGCUGCUGACCCACAGGGCUUACUGCGCCAGCUACACGGAAGAUCUGGAGAUGGCUGUGAGCCACAUAAAGCGCCGCUACCCUCAAGCGCCAGUGCUGGCGGCGGGCAUCUCUUUUGGAGGGAUCCUGUUGCUCAACUACCUGGCACAGACCGGGGAGGCUGCGGGCCUGGUGGCAGGACUGACUCUGUCUGCAUGCUGGGAUUCCUUUGAGACGGCGUACUCCCUGGAGACCCCCCUGAACUCGCUGCUCUUCAACGAGCCCCUCACAUCCAUGCUCUGCCAGUUUGUGGACAGAAACAGAAAGGCGAUUGGAAAGUUGGUGGAUGUAGACUUUGUCCUACAGGCCCGCACAAUCCGCCAGCUCGAUGCGCGCUACACAUCUGUAGCCUUUGGGUAUCCAGACUGGGUUGCCUACUACCAUGCAUCAAGUCCCAAAAACAAGGUAGGCGCCAUCCAGCGCCCCGUGCUCUGCCUCAAUGCAGCAGAUGACCCCUUCUCCCCAGUCCAUGCCUUUCCCCUACAGGCGGCCCAAAACUCCUCCCAUGUUGCACUGCUUAUCACAGCUCGGGGUGGCCACAUUGGCUUCCUGGAAGGCCUGCUGCCCUGGCAGCACUGUUACAUGAGCCGCCUCUUCCACCAGUAUGCCAAAGCCAUCUUCCAGCACCCAGAGGAGCUGCUUGACCUCAAGGUGCUCACCUCCGGGGACAGAAAGAGCUGACAAGUCUACCACUUGGGGGCUUAAUUCAGUCUUCCCUUUUUUAUUAAAUAUCAACCCUUCCUGCCUAA